GACUCUGAAACUCCCAAAGACUUGACUCUGGCUUACUUGGCUUCAUCUUUUUCUCUCUGGUAAAUUGUGAUUGAACAGAGAAGAGGACAAGUGAUCUGGUUUAAAAGUUAUGGAAGGAGAAGUGAGCGAGAAAGACAGGGUUCAAGGGAGACGAUCAGAGACAGAAUUUAUACAUGGUCUGUCACAAGAGCAAUCAAUAUUUAACAACAUGCAACACAACCAUCAGCCUGAAUCAGACAGGAGGAGGCUUAGUCUCGAGAACAUGUCUUGUACACAACUCUUGGCUUUGGCUAAUAACAUGGUCGCCACGAGUUCAUCAAUUGAUGCACCACUGCUAAAACCACAAUAUGAUGUGUCAACUCCACAGAAGUUUCUUUGUGACCUUAAUCUUACACCUGAAGAGAUGGUGAGCACCAGUGCCCAACGAACAGAACCUGAGUUUCCUCCAAUAACUUUAGAGACACCAGGCAAAAGAUUGUCUGAAACUGAUCAGGAGCCUCACGACCGUAUCAAGAAGUCUGUUCUUGAAACUGGAUCUCCUGCAGGAGUAAAGAAAAGAAAGAGAGCCAGAGAUGAUGAGAAAGUCCAACUGGGAACACCAACAUUAAAGAGAAAAAAGAUCAGGCCAAAGGUUGUUCGUGAAGGCAAAACAAACAGAGUCUCAUCUAAAGCAGGGAUUAAAAAGUCCUCUGUUGCUGCUGCUACUGCUAGUAAAACUUCUGAAGAGAGCACUUAUGUUCGGCCAAAAAGAUCAACUAGAAGAUCUAUACGAUUAGACUUUGACUUUCAAGAAGAAGAUGAAGAAUUUUGUGGACUCGAUUUCACAUCAUCAGGUCAGGUAGAGGGUUCUUCAGGUGGAGAAAAUCUAAGCGAUACAACACUGGGACUAUUUGGUAACAUUCCAAAGGGAAGAAGAGGACAAAGAAGAUCCAAUGGCUUUAUGGAAAAGGUAAGAUUCAAUCCAUCUUCGGAAACUGACAAUGAUUGCUUCAGUUCUAUGUUGUCUCUUAUCAAUACAAGACCAGAAAGUUUCAUGGAAUCAGAAGAAGAUCGUCCGAGUGAUUCAAAAAUUUCUCAAAGCCUGGGAAGACAACGAUCCAUCGUAGCAACCAGACCGCGCAACUUUCGAUCAUUAAAGAAACUUUUACAACGGAUUAUACCAAGUAAACGUGAUAGAAAAGGACGUGAUAAAAAAGGAUACAAGCUUCCUCGUGGAUUUCCGCAGCUUAAAGCCAUCGUUUCCAAGAUGCAAUCAACAAUCUGUAGAAAGAAGCGGAGUCAACCAGAUCGUAUAGCAAGUCAGUUCAAUGCAAGGGUACUAGCCCUGCAGUGGAGACACCAAAAUCCAACAGGUACCUCACUAGCUGAAAUAUGGGAAAGAAGUUUGACUAUUGAUGCUAUCACUAAGUUGUUUGAAGAACUAGACAUCAACAAAGAGGGUCCUUGUCUUCCACACAAUAGAGAAACUGCACUUAUUCUAUACAAAAAGGCAUAUGCAGAGCAACAUGCAAUAGUGAAGUAUAGCAAGAAGCAGAAACCGAAAGUACAAUUGGAUACUGAAACGAGUCGAGUGUGGAAACUCCUAAUGUUAAGUAUCGACAGUGACGGUGUUGAUGGAUCAGAUGAGGAAAAACGUAAAUGGUGGGAAGAGGAGAGGAACAUGUUCCAUGGACGUGCAAACUCGUUCAUUGCGCGAAUGCGUGUUGUCCAAGGCAAUAGAACUUUCUCACCUUGGAAAGGAUCGGUUGUAGAUUCAGUAGUGGGAGUUUUCCUAACCCAAAAUGUCGCAGACCAUUCAUCAAGUUCUGCGUAUAUGGAUUUAGCUGCUGAGUUUCCUGUCGACUGGAACUUCAACAAGGGAUCAUGUCUUGAAGAGUGGGGAAGUUCAGUAACUCAUGAAACAGUAACGAAUUUGGAUCCGAGAAUUGGAGUUUCAACUCCAAGAAUUAGCAAUCCAACUUGCGUCAUCAUAGAGGAGAUUGAUGAUGAUGAGGACGACAUUGAUGCUGUUUGUAGUCAGGAAUCCUCUAAAACCAGUGACAGUUCCAUAAGUUCUGCAAACCAAUCAAAAUUGAUGCUGCUGGAUCCAUUUAACACAGUUUUGAUGAACGAGCAAGUUGAUUCCCAAAUGGUAAAAGGCAAAGGUCAUAUACCAUACACGGAUGAUCUUAACGGAUUGUCCGACGGGAUUUCUACGGUCUCAUCUACUUCUACUCAUUGCGAGUUGAACCUAAAUGAAGUACCACCUGAAGUAGAGUUGUGCAGUCAUCAACAAGAAUUGGAGAGUACCAUUCAGUCACAAGAAGAGCAAGAGAACACAAGAACGGAGGAUGUGAAGAAGAAUAGGAAAAAACCAACUACUUCCAAACUAAAGAAAAAGUCAAAGGAACCAGCAAAGAGCAACAAAAAGAAAAGCUUUGACUGGGAUAGUUUGAGAAAGCAAGCAGAAAGUGGUGGCCGAAAGAGAGAGAGAACAGAAAGAACAAUGGACACAGUUGAUUGGGAUGCACUUCGAUGUACCGACGUAAACAAGAUCGCCAAUAUUAUCAUAAAACGAGGGAUGAACAACAUGCUUGCCGAAAGAAUCAAGGCCUUCUUAAACAGACUGGUUCGAGAACAUGGAAGCAUAGACUUGGAGUGGCUAAGAGAUGUUCCCCCUGACCAAGCCAAGGAGUAUCUACUAAGCAUAAACGGAUUAGGAUUGAAAAGUGUGGAGUGUGUUAGACUUCUGUCACUACAUCAGAUUGCAUUCCCUGUUGACACCAAUGUCGGACGCAUAGCUGUUAGACUAGGAUGGGUUCCGUUACAGCCAUUGCCCGACGAGCUGCAAAUGCAUCUUCUAGAGCUGUACCCAGUUUUAGAAUCAGUGCAAAAGUAUCUCUGGCCACGCCUCUGCAAGCUUGACCAAAAAACCUUGUACGAGCUGCAUUACCACAUGAUUACAUUUGGAAAGGUCUUUUGCACAAAAGUAAAACCCAAUUGCAAUGCUUGUCCUAUGAAGGCCGAGUGCCGACAUUACGCUAGUGCACGUGCAAGCGCACGGCUUGCUCUACCAGAACCAGAGGAGAGUGACAGAACAACAGUAAUGGUCCAUGAGAGAAGAUAUAAACGCAAGCCUUUGGUGGUUAAUUUUCGACCAUCCUUAUUUCUUUUUCAAGAAAAAGAGCAAGAAGCACAAAGAUCCCAAAACUGUGAACCAAUCAUUGAGGAACCAGCAUCACCAGAACCAGAGUAUAUAGAACAUGAUAUUGAGGACCAUCCUUGGAACAAUAACAACGUUGGAACAUCAAAGGAUCCUUGGGAAAAUAAGGACGUAAUUCCUACAAUCAUGCUCAACAAGGAAGCUGGUACAUCACAUGAUUUGGUGGUCAAUAAGGAAGCUGGUACAUCACAGGAUUUGGUGGUACUAAGCACAUAUGCAGCAGCAAUACCUAGACGUAAACUCAAGAUCAAGGAAAAGCUACGCACAGAGCACCACGUAUAUGAGCUCCCUGAUUACCAUUCCAUUCUAGAAGGGUUUGAGAGGCGCGAAGCUGAGGAUUUAGUUCCUUACUUGCUAGCCAUUUGGACGCCAGGUGAAACCGUAGAUUCCAUUCUACCGCCAAAACAAAGAUGUGCUUUCUUUGAAAGCAAUAAUACAUUAUGCAAUGAGCAGAAAUGUUUUCAAUGCAACAAGACACGGGAAGAGGAAUCAGAAAUAGUCAGAGGAACUAUAUUGAUACCCUGCAGAACAGCAAUGAGAGGUGGAUUCCCUCUGAAUGGCACGUACUUCCAAACCAAUGAGGUUUUUGCUGACCAUGGCUCUAGCAUCAACCCAAUCGAAGUCCCAAGACAAUUGAUAUGGUAUCUACGUAGAAGAGUCGCAUAUUUUGGAUCUUCUGUAUCCGCGAUUUGUAAAGGUUUAUCAGUGGACAAAAUUCGGGACAAUUUCGAGAAAGGAUAUGUUUGUGUAAGGGGAUUCGACAGGGAGAAUCGUAAGCCGAAGAGUCUAGUGAAAAGACUGCAUUGUUCUCACAUAGCAAUCAGAACUAAAGAGAAGACAGAGGAGUGAAACCUUCCAGAUUUCAUUAACAUGUUAGACGUUUGAUUCAUGGGUAUACAUCAUCAAGGUCAUAGAGGAUCUUAGGUUUUCAUUAACUUUCAAAUUCAUGCAACUCUUUUUAGGAAAAAACAAAAUGUUUCUUUUUGU